UGGGAAGCUCUCCAGUACAGGGUUAAACUUCAGGAGGCUGCAAAGCACAGACGAGAAAGGCAAGGCAACUCAAACUUGAAGACAUGAAAUCCCCAAGGAGAACCACUUUGUGCUUCAUGGUUAUUAUGAUGUUUUCUUCCCAAGCUACACUGAACUUGAAUUUAGAGUCUAUUGUUUAUCCUUCGCUUCUCCGUGAACAUGAACUAGCAGGGGAGGACCCAGUAAGGCAAAAACGAGCCGUUCCAGUUGCCAUGAGCAGUCCUGCAGCCCAAGAGUUCACUGUUGAUGUUGAGGUCAGUUUUGAAGAUGCCUCCUUCCUGGGGCCUAGCAAAGCGUACUUGAAAAGCCUCAGUUUUCCAGUUCAAGGGGAUGACACUGACCCAGCUACCAACAUUUUGAGCAUCGAGGUGACAACAGUCUGCAGACCUACUGGAAAUGAAAUCCGGUGCUCCUGUGAGAAAGGCUAUAAGUGGCCUCAGGAAAGGUGCCUCCACAAUCUCACUUGUCAAGGGCAUGAUGGCUCCCCUUCAGGGCAUCACUGCAGUCUCCUUAAGGGACUGCCUCCCAAGGGACCUUUUUGCCGGCUCCAGGGAGAUAUUACCCUGCGAAUGUCAGUCAGACUCAAUGUGGGCUUUCAAGAAGAACUCAAGAACUCUUCCUCUGCCCUCUAUAGGUCCUACAAGACUGACUUGGAAACAGCGUUCUGGAAGGGUUACAGUAUUUUACCAGGCUUCAAAUUGGUGACAGUGACAGAGUUCAGGCCUGGAAGUGUGGUUGUGGUGUAUGAAGUCACGACAACAGCAGCAUCACCUAAAUUAAUGCGCAAAGCAAACGAGCAAGUAACACAGAACCUCAAUCAGACCUACAAGAUGGAUAGCAGUUCCUUCCAAGUUACUUACAGCAAUGAAACGAAGUUCUCCAUCAGCCCAGAAAUCAUCCUUGAAGGGGAUACAGUAACUCUGACGUGUGAGAACGAAGUUUUGUCCUCCAACAUAUCCUGGCAGCACGUGGAAACAGGCUUCGACAUCCAGAACAGCAGCAGGUUCUCCAUCUACACCUACGUGCUCAAUAACAUGACCUCCGUGUCCCGCCUCACCAUUUACAACAUCACUCAGGAUGACGCGGGUGAAUAUAUUUGCAAACUGACAUUAGAUAUUUUUGAAUAUGGGUCCAGAAAAAAAAUAGAUGUUACAUCCAUCCGGAUUUUGGCAAAUGAAGACAUGAAGGUGAUGUGUGACAACAAUCCUGUGUCUUUGAGCUGCUGCAGUGAGAUGACGGUGAAUUGGAGUCAAGUGGAAUGGAAGCAAGAGGGGAAUAUAAGCAUUCCAGGAAGCCCUGAAACAGACACAGACACUGGCUGCAGCAGAUACACACUCAUGGCCGAUGGCACUCAGUGUCCAAGCAGAUUGUCUGGAACGACAGUGAUCUACACGUGUGAGUUCAUCAGCGCCCACGGAGCCAGAGGCAGUAAAGACAUAAAAGUGACAUUCGUCUCUGUGGCCAACCUAAAAAUAACCCCGGACCCAAUUUCUGUUUCUGAGGGACAAAGCUUUUCUAUAAAGUGCAUCAGUGACAUGAGUAAUUAUGAUGAGGUGUACUGGAACACUUCUGCUGGAAUUAAAAUAUACAAAAGGUUUUAUACCACGAGGAGGUAUCCUAAUGGAGCGGAGUCGGUGCUGACAGUCAAGACCUCCACCAGGGAGUGGAACGGAACCUAUCACUGCAUAUUUCGAUACAAGAAUUCAUACAGUGUCAUGGCCAAAGAUGUCAUCGUCCACCCGCUGCCCCUAGAGCGCAAUAUCAUGGUUGAUCCUUUGGAAGCUGCCAUUCCAUGCACAAGCUCCCGUCACAUCAAGUGCUGCAUUGAGGAGGACAGAGACUACAAGGUCAUUUUCCAAGCUGGUUCCUCGUCCUUUCCAGCUGCAAAAGAAGUUAAUGGAACGCAAGUGUGCUACAAACACCAUUUCGUGGCAAACUCAAUUUCCUGUCCAGAAAAUAUGGAUGUGUUUUGUCACAUUACCAAUACCGCUAAUAAUUCAGUCCAGAGCCCAUCUAUGAAGCUUAAUCUGGUUCCUGGGGAGAACAUCACAUGCCAAGAUCCUAUCAUAGGUGUUGGGGAACCCGGAAAAGUCAUCCAGAAGCUUUGCCAGUUCUCUAAUGUUCCCAGAAUCCCUGGGAGUCCCAUUGGUGGGACCAUAACUUACAGAUGUGUGGGGUCCCAGUGGAAGGUCAAGAAAAACGACUGCAUCUCUGCCCCAAUAAAUACUCUGCUCCGGCUGGCUGAGGCUUUGAUGAAGAGCCCCUCUCAGGAUCAGAAGCUCCCUUCAUACCUAAAGAAUCUUUCCAUUAGCACAAACCAGGUGAAGCUUGAAGUCAACUCAUUUCCUGGGAGCCUGGGAGCCAUUAUUAACAUCCUUGAUUUGCUCUCAACAGUUCCAACCCAAGUGAAUUCAGAAAUGAUGAUGCACGUCCUCUCCACGGUCAACGUCAUCCUCGGCAAACCCGUUUUGAAUACCUGGAUGAUGUCACGACAGCAACAGACCAAUCAGAGCUCACAGUUACUGGAUUCAGUGGAAAGAUUUUCCCGAGCCUUGCGGUCAGAAGAUAGCACCAUCUCUCAACCUAAUGUUCAGAUGAAGAGCAUGGUCAUAAAAUCUGGCCACCCCAAAUCCUACACACAGAGCUUUGUUUUCUUAGACUCUGACCUCUGGGGCAAUGUGACCAUUAAUGAAUGCCAGCUGGAACACCUGCAACCAGAUUCAUUUAUCGUCACCGUGGCUUUCCCAACUCUCAAAACCAUCCUCGCCCAGGAUGUUCCAGGAAAGACUUUUGCAAACAGCUUAGUAAUGACAACCACUGUCAGCCACAAUAUAACCACGCCAUUCAGGAUUUCGAUGACUUUCAAAAACAACAACCCUUUGGGCGGGGUACCGAGGUGUGUCUUCUGGAACUUCAACCUCGCCAACCACACAGGGGGGUGGGACAGCAGUGGAUGUUAUGUUAAAGACGUCACCGAGGACAGUGUGUCCUGCAGCUGUGACCACCUCACAUCCUUCUCCAUCCUCAUGUCCCCUGAUUCCCCAGACCCUGAUUCUCUCCUGAAAAUACUACUGGAUAUCAUUUCCUACAUCGGGCUGUGCUUUUCCAUCUUGAGCUUGACAGCCUGCCUCGCUGUGGAAGCCGUGGUGUGGAAAUCGGUCACCAAGAACCGGACUUCCUCCAUGCGCCACAUCUGCAUCGUGAACAUUGCCGCCUCCCUUCUGGUUGCCGACGUCUGGUUCAUCGUGGCCGCCGCCAUCCACAACUACCGCUACCCACUCAACCAGGCGGCCUGUGUGGCUGCCACCUUCUUUGUCCACUUCUCCUACCUCAGCGUCUUCUUCUGGAUGCUGACUCUGGGCCUCAUGCUCUUCUACCGCUUGGUUUUCAUCCUGCAUGACACGAGCAAGUCCAUUCAGAAGGCUAUUGCGUUUUCUCUCGGCUACGGUUGCCCUCUGGUCAUCUCCGUCAUCACGGUGGGGGCCACCCAGCCCCGGGAGGUCUACACAAGGAAAAAUGCCUGUUGGCUCAACUGGGAGGAUACCAAGGCCCUGCUGGCCUUCGUUAUCCCAGCACUGCUCAUUGUGAUGGUCAACGUGACCGUCACAGUCGUGGUCAUCACCAAGAUCCUGAGACCUUCCAUCGGGGACAAGCCAAGCAAGCAGGAAAAAAGCAGCCUGUUCCAGAUCACCAAGAGCAUUGGGGUCCUCACACCGCUCUUGGGGCUCACCUGGGGUUUCGGUCUCGCCACCGUGUUCCAGGGGAGCAAUGCUGUGUUCCAUAUCGUAUUUACCCUCCUCAAUGCCUUCCAGGGAUUAUUCAUUUUACUCUUUGGAUGCCUCUGGGAUCAGAAGGUACAGGAAGCCUUGCUGAAUAAGUUUUCACUGUCAAGAUGGUCUUCACAGCACUCAAAGUCAACAUCCCUAGGUUCAUCUACUCCUGUAUUUUCUAUGAGUUCUCCAAUAUCAAGAAGAUUUAACAAUUUGUUUGGUAAAACAGGAACAUACAAUGUUUCCACCCCAGAAAUGACCAGCUCAUCCCUGGAAAACACAUCCAGUGCUUAUUCGUUGCUCAACUAAGAACAGGAAAAGCCAGCCCAUGGAACCUCUUGGGGAACAGUGGACGUUCUCUGAAAAAGAGAUCCUUUCCAAGCCAUGGAUAAAAUGUUUUCUCCACAGGCUUCAGGGAGCAGAUGCUGAAGAGACUUUUUCAUUAGGGAAGGGGCUUUCUUUUGUAAAUACAGACUAAAAGGAAUUGUUACAUUUAUGUUGCAGCCCUACCCCCACCCCUUGUGUGAUACUGAAUGUGUAUAGUAUUUAAGUGAAACUCAAGCCAACUUCUCUGUCUAUAUUGUACAAUAGAAUUUCAGAGACAUUUUUACUUUUCACACCCUGGGCCCAAAGAUAAGCUUUGAUUAAAAUAAUAAGUAAAAGGCUAGGACCUAGGAAAUACUUCAGUGAAUUCUAGGAAGGAAGGAAGGAAGAAAGAAGGGAGGGAUGGAGGAAACUAGAAGGAAAAGAAAAAAAUAGAGAAGAACAACAUAAGGACCACAUUUUAAGAUUUCCAUGUUAAUAGCCUAAUACAAUCGCUUCUCAGGUGCUGCAACACUGAAAAUUCAAAAAUGACUCCAAAAUGGAAAUUAAAAUUUAGCCGUGGAGAAACUUCAAUAUCUUCCUGGUAUUUCCUUAGUUAAGAGGGACCAAAAAAAACAAAAGCAAUGAAAAAAUUAAGGAGGAAAUUAUAUCAAAGAUGCUUUCAAGUGGAUGAUAAUAUUUAUAAGAAAUUCAUGGAAGAAGACAUGAUCCUGAUGCUAAACACAUACAUAUAUGCUACUGUAUGUUAAGGUUGGAGCUAAGUGGAAUGAAUAGACAGAGAAAAUGUGAUGACCAUGCCUUAUUAGAUCACAGUAGACCAACUGCUGAUUACACUUUUAUAGUUUAGCAGAAAAGCCUUAUGUUUUGCUUUGUUCCACUUUUUGAAAGCAAAAAAUAUAUAUUUUUAUAUCCAUUCAUUUCCAGAUGUGAUAUAUUGCACUGAAAUACAGAACCCCCCUCAACUGUCAUAUAUUUAACAGCUUUAACCAGGUACUUUUGUGUGCAUGAUAGAAUAGAUUUUAAUGACCUUACAGCAUUGUAUAUUAUUAUUGUUGUACUUACUGUGGAUUUAGGGGCCCUGGGUGUGUU